GAUAGCCCGCCUCGGGGCGGGGGAUCGGGGGCGGCGCUUUGGUGCUCCGGCGGAGUAGGCACGACUAGCGGCAGCAGCAGUAGAGGAGGAGGAGGUUCACUGUCUCAAUGGAAGUGGUACCAGCCUGGGCCCCAGCAGUAGGUUUCAUGCUCCUGCCACAUGCAGGAGGAUUUUUAGGAAGCAGUAUAACCAAAAGAGAAAUCCCAACAUGGUACGAAACUCUGCAGAAGCCAUCCUGGUGUCCACCUAACUGGGUGUUUGCUCCUGUUUGGGGAACUCUCUAUACAUCUAUGGGAUACGGCUCCUACCUGGUGUGGAAGGAACUGGGGGGCUUCAGUGAAAAGUCAGUGGUUCCUCUGGGUCUGUAUGCGGGGAACCUGGCAUUAAACUGGGCAUGGACUCCAAUAUUUUUUGGAGCCCACAAAAUGGGAUGGGGGUUGGUGACUCUCCUGCUUACAACUGGUACAGCAACAGCUACCACUGCUUCCUGGUAUAACAUCAACAAAACAGCAGCUUAUUUGAUGGUUCCUUAUUUAGCUUGGCUAAGCUUGGCUUCUGCACUCAAUUAUCAGAUCUGGAAAGACAAUCACAGCAAGAAAAAACCUGAAUAAGCAGUUUUCAGCCCAAACCAUUUUUUUUCCCCAAUUAUUUUUUAUAUAAAGUUAUGGCCUUAUUUUAUUUUUAGCUGAACUACUUCUACCAUUACUUUGGUAACUACAAGUUGACAAAACAAAUACAACUUUAUUAGGCAAGCCACAAUGGAGUGUAUGUCUGACUGGGUUUUAUAGCAAACUAAAAGAAAGUCUUGAUUGAAAAGUAGUAAGUGCCAUAUUCUGGUGUUGUAUGUUGCAUAACAACACCAUUUUAACCAUUACCAGAAGAAAGUAGGAACUCAAACUUCCUUAUGUUCAGAGGAAGAAAUCCAGCCACACACUAACGCAGUUUCCAGAAAGGUGACAGGCAUGAUUGUGGCCUGAAUCUUUCAUAUAUUUACCACUAGGCACAGUGCUUUUGUGCUAUGAUGUGUCCCACUACAGUCACCAGAUAUUUGUCUUCUGGCCAUUGUUUUCCAGAAAUGUUUAAGACAAGCUCUUUUUAACAAUUUGUGCCUUCUGACUUUGAAGAACUGUACAUGCAUUCAGCUAAAUUCAUUAAACUACACAUAACCUUG